UUUGAGAUUCCCCCCCUCUCCCAAAAUAAUUCGUCACACGUAAACACUCCCUCCGCCUUCCCUCCUUCUCCCACCGCACACCUUUUUCCACUCUUCAACAACAAAACAAAGCCGCGUCAACUUUCUCACCACUCCGUUGCACGCCUUUCGCAGUAUCCAUUCCCGCCUUCUCUAAUCUUCUACCAAACCACCUCAACCUAUCCUCAUCACCUCAAUCCACGAGUUCAACAUGUCUGGCGAUCGUGAAAGCAAGACCUUCCUCGCUCGCCUUUGCGAGCAGGCCGAGCGCUACGAUGAGAUGGUUGGCUACAUGAAGGAGGUCGCCAAGUUGGGCGGUGAGCUGAGCGUCGAUGAGCGCAACCUCCUCAGCGUUGCCUACAAGAACGUCGUCGGUACCCGCCGUGCCUCCUGGCGCAUCAUCUCCUCCAUUGAGCAGAAGGAGGAGAGCAAGGGCACCGACAAGCACGUCGGCACCAUCCGCGAGUACCGCACCAAGAUCGAGCUCGAGCUCGAGCAGGUCUGCCAGGAUGUCCUCGAUGUCCUCGACGACAGCCUUAUCCCCAACGCCCAGACCGGCGAGUCUAAGGUCUUCUACCACAAGAUGAAGGGUGACUACCACCGCUACCUCGCUGAGUUCGCCUCCGGCGAGAAGCGCAAGGGUGCCGCCACUGCUGCUCACGACGCCUACAAGAGCGCUACCGAUGUCGCUCAGACCGAGCUGACCCCCACUCACCCCAUCCGCCUUGGCCUGGCCCUCAACUUCUCCGUCUUCUACUACGAGAUCCUGAACUCGCCCGACCGUGCUUGCCACCUCGCCAAGCAGGCCUUCGACGAUGCUAUCGCCGAGCUCGACUCUCUCUCCGAGGAGUCUUACCGCGACAGCACCCUCAUCAUGCAGCUCCUGCGUGACAACCUCACUCUCUGGACCUCUUCCGACAGCGGCGACGCUGAGGGUGCUGCUGCCGGCACCACCGAGGCUGCUGAGGAGAAGAAGGAGGAGCCCAAGGCCGAGGAGCCCAAGGCCACCGAGGAGACCCCGGCUGCCUCCUAAAUUCUUGUCUUACCCUGAUACCACUCCAUCUCGGCUCGCGACGAGGCUGAGAUGGCUCGUCUGCUCGACCGUCGGUAUGCGCUAAAUGCGGACCUUCCGACGGCCCCAGUCUAGCCGCCAAAUCGGUGGCUAAUAUCGGUGACUCGCUCCGAGUCUCGCAGCAAAAGGGGAGGGGGUUUUGAGGAUUGGACGCGGAGAGAGGAACAAUGCGUGGCAUGAUUUCUAUUGGUGUCUUGGAUGUCCAACCAGGGUCUAGAACAGCUUCGUUUCUGUUCAGGGAUUCUACUUGGCAACUAACUACUGAUUCCCCCCUCUAUAUCCGCCUACGCUCAGAGUCUCUUCUUUUGUUCUCCUCGAUUCCUGCUUUUACCUCUGUGCUGGAUGGUUUUACGGCUGUCUCGUGUUCUCUUUUCGGUUUUCCUCAUAGUGGUCCUUCAGUUGUCGCGCGUCUUCUCACGGAGAGAAAGUCCUUUUACCCCCCCUCAAAUGCCCCCUGUCUAUUCAGUC